CUCCUCCACCGCGUCACCGGCUCCGCGAGGUGACCACAACAUGGCUGCGGCGCCCGGGCUGCUCUUUUGGCUGCUCCUGCUCGGGCCACCCUGGCGGGUGCCGGGCCAACCGGAGCCGGACACGAAUCGGCGCUUCUCGGAGUAUAAACUCUGCGCGGACAACGAAUGCAGCAUGUUAAUGUACCGGGGUGAAGCUCUAGAAGAUUUUACAGGCCCAGACUGUCGUUUUGUGAAUUUUAAAAAAGGUGACCAUGUCUACGUCUACUACACACUGGCAGGGAGAUCGCCUGAACUUUGGGCUGGAAGUGUUGGGCGUAUUUUUGGAUAUUUUCCAAAGGAUUUAAUCCAGGUAGUCCAUGAAUAUAUUAAAGAAGAGCUACUACAAAUUCCAACAGAUGAGACAGAUUUUGUUUGUUUUGAUGGUGGAAGAGAUGAUUUUGAUAAUUAUAAUGUAGAAGAACUUUUAGGAUUUUUGAAAUUGUACAACUCUGCAACUGGAGAUUCUGAGGAAGCUAUAGAAAAAACUUCUCUGCAUGUGGAAACACCUCCUGAAGUAUCUGAGGAAAGGGACCCUGAACCUGAUCCAGUAGAACCCAAACCCGAAGAAAGGGAAAGUGUACUCUCAGAACACACUAAGGAACACAAGGUUCAGAAGAACCACCCCCACAUAGACAGUCAAACAGAUCACCCUCGCGGAGAGCAAUCUUCAUUCAAGCCUUUUGAAGAAAUGCUGAAAGAUAAACUGAAAGUGUCGGAAAGUGAAAACAACAAAACCAGCAAUAGUUCUCAAGUCUCAAAUGAACAGGAGAAGAUUGAUGCUUAUAAGUUUUUGAAAAAAGAAAUGACUCUGGACUUGAAAACCAAACUUGGCUCAACUGCAGAUGCAAUUGUAUCUGAUGAUGAGACAACCAGACUUGUUACUUCGUUAGAAGAUGAUUUCGAUGAGGACUCAGAUGUUGAGUAUUACGUAGUUGGGAAGGAAGAAGAAGACAGUGAAGAAAAUUUUGAUGAGCUGCCAUUACUAACCUUUACAGAUGGAGAAGAUUUGAAAACACCACUGAAAUCUGGAGUUGAGAAAUAUUUAACAGAUAAAGAGCAGAAUUCAAGUGAAGAAGAUAAUGUUGAGGUAACUGAGUCCUCUGGCCUCAAAAACGAUGAUAAAAAUACAGUAACAACCUGGGAGGACACCAACUUCUCUGCUGUCCCAGAAGGUGAAGAACAAACAGGUAUGGAUUUAGAGAGUUCCAAUUCAGAGGAAGAAGAGGAAGACGGUGACAGCAAAUGGAGGAAACCACAAUUAGCAACAGAUUAUACUGACCCUAAAAUGACCGAAGAUGGUCUUUUGAGUGUAGAAGUCCCUAAAACAAAUAAUGACAAAGACCCACAAAUGGACACAGAACUUCACAUUAAAGGCAAAGGGAGGACAGUUGAGGAAUCCAAGAAGGACCCAGUGCAGGAUAAGAAAGGAUUAGAGGAUGAAAAGCAAGAAAGCAGGACUCUACAUGGUUCUCCUCAAAGCAGGAACCUCGAUUCUUUGCCAACUGCAGAAAAGGGUAAAGAAACAUUAAAAUCAGUCUUUGAUAACAAAGAAAAUGACCUAAAAGGAGCAGCUGUUCAUAUCUCAAAAGGAGUACUCCAUGAAGACACACCUGGAGAGCAGAGUUUGGAAGGUGGCUCCGAGAGUGGAUCGGAACAUAAAGCUGCAAGGUAUGAAAUGAAGGAGGAAAAGAUUAAAGGGGAAGCAGCCAUGGGUGUUGCACCCCUCUUGGGAGACAGUCAGCAAAAUGCAUCCAAAGACAGGCUAGUAAGUGGAGUAAAAACACACACGCUUUCAGUCGAGCAACGAAGUGAGGAAUUUAAAGAGGAACCGCUUCUUAAAACUCAAAAUCAACCUAGGUUCUCUUCUCCUGAUGAAAUUGGUUUGUCAAGAGAACUGGAAGAAGAGGGUCCCAUUCUGGGAAGAAAUCUGUCCUGGCAACAAGAAAGAGAUGUGGCUGCUGCAGUUAAAAAGCAAGUGAAUGAGAAGCCAAGGCUGUCUGAGGAAGAGGUCACAGGGGACGCCUUAGAUGGGGACACCUUAGAUGAAGAAUAUGUUCAUCCAAAGCCGGGCACUCAGGAAGCAAAAACAACAGGCCACGCUGAUAGCGCAGAAGUACCAGGUUUUUAUACUGAAAAACCAGAAGCAGAAGAUGACGAACAGUUCAUCCCUGAAGAACUGCUGGAGGAUGAAAAUGCUAUAAGUGCGAAACAGUCUAAAGAAGAAAGCCCUGAGAUGCAGGACAGGCAGCUGGAUGGGAAUCCCCAAGUCCCCCAAAUAGGCAUUUUAGGCGCCGUUAGUACUGAUGCAGAAAUGGAAGAAAACAAAGAAGAAACCAGUAAUAUUUUGGAAAUUGAAAGAAAAAGUAAAACUGUGGGCAAAGGGGUGGACCCACUAGGCAGGGAACCUCGUGGCCUGGUGGUAGAAAAAGAAGAAAGCCCUCUUGUAGAUAAGAAAGCACAGAGCCCGUCUGAGGGAAUGUUCGUUCCUGACAAGAAAAACAAUCAGACUCCAGAGGUAGAGGAAGCAUUUCAGAAUAAAGAUUCUGAUGAUCUUAAAGUCAGCCCUGAGGAACAUCUGAAGACCUCACAGCUCACAGAGAAGCCUGGGGCAGAAGAACUCUCACAAGAGGACGAGGAGGACUUAGAGAGAGUCAUGGACACAGAAAGCCAGGGGGCUGCAUCUGAGGGACGUGCAGACGGCCUGUCCCCCGGGACUCCACACACUACUGCAAAGCCAGCGCACAGGGGCCACAGGGAGGACAUGCCGAUAAUAAGCAGCUUCUUUAAAGAACAGCAGUCCUUGCAGCGGUUCCAGAAGUACUUCAAUCUCCAUGAGCUGGAAGCCAUGUUCCAAGAGAUGUCAUUAAAGCUGAAGUCGGCACAGCGGGAGAGCCUGCCCUAUAAUGUGGAAAAAGUCCUCGAUAAGGUCUUCCGCGCGUUUGAGUCACAAAUCCUGAGUGUAGCAGAGAAAAUGCUCGAUACUCGUGUGACCGAAAACAGAGAUCUGGACAUGAAGGAAAGUAACAUACAAGAAGAGGCUGCAGUGCUAGAUGACGUUCAAGACCUGAUCUAUUUUGUCAGGUACAGACACUCCACAGGGGAGGAGACUGUACCACUGGCCGUGGCAGAGUCUCCAGAGGAAAGCUGGAGUGGACCAGCGGAAGAGAUACAACCACCACUGGAAGAACAUUUCCCACAAGACAACACAGAAGACCUUAAAAUGCAGAUUCCUGAGGAGUCCAGCCACUUGGAACAACUCAUGACUAGUGACACGGGUGGCUUAGAAGUGUCAGAGAAGCCAAAUACUGAAAAAGAGGUAGACCCAGGGAUAAUUACAACUGAAAGCACUCCUGUCACUGCUUUUGGAACAAAGCAACCAGAAACAAAUGCUCAAGAGCCAGCAAGUGUCACACCUUUGGAACAUGCAGUUAUUUUAAUAUAUUCAUUCAUGUUUUAUUUAACUAAGACGCUAGUUGCUAGGUUGCCUGAUGAUGUUCAGCCUGGGCCUGAUUUUUAUGGACUGCCAUGGAAGCCUGUACUUAUCACCACCUUCUUGGGAAUUGUUUCGUUUGCCAUUUUCUUCUGGAGAACCAUCCUUGUUGUAAAGAAUAGAGCGUACCAAGUCACUGAACAGCAAAUUUCUGAGAAGUUGAAGAAUAUCACGAAAGAAAAUGCAGAACUUGUACGAAAAUUGUCAGAUUAUGAACAGAAGAUCAAGGAAUCAAAGAAACAUGUUCAGGAAACCAAGAAACAAAAUAUGAUUCUCUCUGAUGAAGCAAUUAAAUUUAAGGAUAAAAUCAAGAAACUUGAAGAAACUAAUGAAAGUCUGAAUGAUACAGCUAAAAGUCUGCGUGUUAUGUUAGACUCAGAGAGAGAACAGAAUUCCCAGAAUCAGGAGUUGAUAAUAGAAAACAAGAAAUCUUUAGAGAAGUUAAAGGAUGUUAUUGCAAUGAAUUCCUCAGAGCUUUCGGAGGUUCAAAUUGCCCUUAAUGAAGCCAGACUUAGUGAAGAGAAGGUGAAGUCUGAAUGCCAUCGGGUUCAAGAAGAAAAUGCUAGGCUUAAGAAGAAGAAAGAGCAGUUGCAGCAGGAAAUCAAAGACUGGAGCAAAUCACAUGCUGAGCUCAGUGAACAAAUCAAAUCAUUUGAGAAGUCCCAGAAAGAUAUGGAAGUCGCUCUUACUAACAAAGAUGAUAAUAUUAAUGCUUUGACUAAUUGCAUCACACAAUUGAAUCGGUUAGAUUGUGAAUCUGAAUCUGAGGGUCAAAAUAAAGGAGGAAAUGAGUCAGAUGAAUUAGCAAACGGGGAAGUGGGAGGUGACCAGAGUGAGAAGAUGAAAAAUCAAAUUAAGCAGAUGAUGGACGUUUCUCGGACACAAACGGCAAUAUCGGUAGUUGAAGAGGAUCUAAAACUUUUACAAUUUAAGCUAAGAGCGUCAAUGUCCACCAAGUGUAACCUAGAAGACCAAAUAAACAAAUUAGAAGAUGAUCGCAAAUCACUACAGUCUGCCAAAGCUGGACUGGAAGAUGAAUGCAAAACCCUACGGCAGAAAGUAGAGAUUCUGAAUGAACUCUAUCAGCAGAAAGAGAUGGCUUUGCAAAAGAAGUUGAGUCAAGAAGAGUAUGAGCGGCAAGAAAGAGAGCAGCGGCUGUCAGCUGCAGAUGAAAAGGCGGUUUUGGCGGCAGAGGAAGUAAAAACUUACAAGCGGAGAAUUGAAGAAAUGGAGGAAGAAUUACAGAAAACAGAGCGCGCAUUUAAAAACCAGAUUGCUACUCAUGAGAAGAAAGCUCAUGAUAACUGGCUCAAAGCUCGUGCUGCAGAAAGAGCUAUAGCUGAAGAGAAAAGGGAAGCUGCCAAUUUGAGACACAAGUUAUUGGAAUUAACCCAAAAGAUGGCAAUGCGACAAGAAGAACCUGUGAUCGUAAAACCAAUGCCAGGAAGACCCAACACUCAAAACCCUCCACGAAGAGGUCCCCUGAGCCAGAACGGCUCUUUUGGCCCCUCGCCUGUGAGUGGUGGAGAGUGCUCCCCUCCGCUGACAGCAGAGGCACCCGGGAGACCGCUCUCUGCUACGCUCCAUCGAAGAGAGGUGCCUAGAAAUGAAUGUGGGUCAGUGGACGGACCUCUACCUCGUCCCCGAUGGUCAUCCGAGGCACCUGGGAAACCCUCUGCCUCUGAUCCAGGAUCUGGUGCAGCUCCCAGGACGACCAGCAGCUCAAGAAGCUCCUCCCCUUCUAAGGUGAUGGACGAGGGGAAGCCAAGUGUCCCCCAAGAGCCAGAAGGCCCUUCAGUCCCCAGCAUCACAUCUCUGGCUGAGCCUCCAGAAGCAGUGAAUAUGGCUGCAAAAGGGCCCCCUCCUUUCCCAGGGGUGCCCCUCAUGAGCUCCCCUGUGGGGGGCCCUCUCCUACCACCCAUUCGAUACGGACCACCUCCUCAACUCUGCGGGCCUUUCGGGCCUCGGCCACUUCCUCCACCUUUUGGUCCUGGUUUGCGUCCACCACUAGGCUUAAGAGAAUAUGCACCAGGCGUUCCACCUGGAACGCGGGACCUGCCUCUCGACCCUCGUGAAUUUUUACCAGGACACACACAGUUUAGACCUUUGGGCCCUCUUGGCCCAAGAGAGUACUUUAUUCCUGGUACCCGAUUACCACCCCCAGCCCAUGGCCCCCAGGAUUAUCCACCUUCACCUGCUGCAAGAGACUUACUGCCUUCCGGCUCCAGAGAUGAGCCCCCGCCAGCCUCUCGGAGUGGCAGCCAGGACUCCUCACCGGCUUUAAAACAGAGCCCAUAACCAUGACCUCUGACAUGCAGUCUGAGAAAGUGGACUGUGCACUGUUCAUUACAGCCUUCAAAACCCACAAGUUUAUUUUAAAAGGUUUGUUUCUAGAACUAAGCUGCCCCGGCAGUGUGCAUUUUUGAGCCAAACAAUUAAAAAAUAUCAUUUCCCCCCUAAAUAAAAAUCACCUCGUAAACUAGAACCUCCUUCCAACUUUGAAAUGUGCAAUAAAGAAUACCUGUGUUUUAGUUAAUGUAGCAUAUGUAACUGUCAGAUGAUUUAGAAUGUCAUGAAAAAUAUGUACAUUUCCUGUGGAAAUGCUAUAAGAACAUGUAUUUCCAUUUAUUCUAUUUUUAGUGUAUACCAAUUGAAUGCAGAGCAGCAGUGUGGAUAAGCUUGAUUUUUAAAAAAAUGUCAGAUCGCAAAGACUGUUACGCUAAAAAUGUUUACUAAAAGAUCACGUAACUAUCUCCCCUCUUGCUGAAAUUCUUUGUAGUAAUAUAGUUCAUAAAACUUUGGUUACUGAUAUUUCCCAGGAGUCUGCUGAUUCAUUGGAUUUUCUCAUGAGACGUGUGCCACUUUGGGAACAUGUCAACUCAGGCCCCCAGAACUGAAGCUGGUGGCUGGGCAGCACGCUCCCCGCUGCUCCCUGCUCAGGAGAGGCAGCCCGAGUCAUCGGGAACUCCACGACCGAGGUCUUUACUUCAAAGAAGUCAGUGGGCCCAUCUGUACAGCACGCACACACUGUCGGUGACAUCUGCUGCCUGGUUCAUUUCCUAACUAUGAGUUUACAACAGUAGCAAGAGUUGCGUGACCCGAGGUUCUGUUUUACCAUUCUUGCAUUAAGGUUGCACAAUAGAAAAAUGAAAACGAUGUAGUGGGACCAUCCAUAAAAGUACAGAAAAUCCUUUUAUUAAAAAAUGUAGAGUCUACUAUUUCUCCCAUCCCUUGCUACUGAUUUUUAACGAGUACGGCAAAAAAAAGCUCAUUAAGAAUAGAGUACGAUGAGAAAGAAUGAUUUAGGAUUGUAAGGUUUGUAACGUGCCCUGGGUCAGCAACCAUGGGCUAAAUGCCAUUGUUCUUGUUGAUUCUACUCCACAAUUAAUACUGGAACUUUGGCACUUGUAUUUAAAAGUCAGUAAAUCUAAGAAUCUGGGAUUAUAUCAUACUUAAAAGUCUUAUUAUACCCAUUAUGUCUUUUAAACAAUGUUUCUUAGAACUAACUCUUCAGACACUUUAAAUUACAGUUAAUUUAAUAGCACAUUUUAAGAAGUUUAAGAUUUAGGUUAAAUCAAAAUUAUAAAAAGCUAAUAUUCUUGUUUAUUGCUUGACUAUGCUCUCCCAUUCUCUGAAAUUCUAUGAUAUAAUGAUACUACCCAGACUGUUACCUGUCACUUUUAUGACAUUUAUUCCACUAAGAAUACCCCAUAAAAAGAAACAAAAGCCUCACAGUGAAACAAAAAUUUUCCUUUACACUAAACUACUGAAAGAUAAAAUGAUAAGGACCUUUGAAAGCAGACAACUCUUUCAAAUUAAUACGGAGUACAUAAGGAGUUCUUCAGGCAAAGAAUUCUAUCUGUAAGUCCUCCCAUUUACUAUCAAGAACAGAAGAAAUUUAAGAGGAAAACUCCAUAGUUAAAAGCAUAGAUUAAUUCCAUUAAUUCCAAGCAUAGAUUAAUAACCAUGUAAAGAUUAAUUCACAAAUACAACUUUUUGAAUAUUUCAAUCUCUUUAGGACAUGUAAUAAUGAAGUUAAUAUAAUUUUUAACUUGAAAUAACAUUUAAAUGUAGAUUACACCAGCUAAAAAGAUAAUCAAGUAGGAAAGAUAAAUCUAUUUUUAAAUCAAAGCUAGAGUCCUUUUGUAACCUCUGAAGCUUUGGGGGUGUUUAUAUCUCAUAAACAAGCUGUAGAGGAUUUCAGUGUCACUUACCUGAGCAGUUGUGGACCUGCCACGAUCGCCACCUCUCAGCCCUCUGAUGGCACCACUUCUGCAGCAGAGCUGCCAAUGUCCAGGAGACGGGGGCACCAGACUCGGCCAUCUCCAAGUUACAUCUAUUUCAGAAGUCAUCUCCAGCUAACUGUUCUGGGCUUAGUUGUUAAAAUCAUCUCAUUUACGAAGCAGCAGUGUUUCAGCCUGAAAGCAUUUCUACUAUAGUUGUGGUUAUUGUUCAAUGGCUGAUUUUUUAUCAUUUGAAAGUAAAUUGAAAUAAUUUGUGGGAUGUGGAGUAUUCUGUGUCUACUGCUUCAAGACAAUCACUUGUCAUUUCAUUCAGGUAUGAAUUAAAGCUAAGCUACUCACACAGUGUUCAAUUUAAGCUUCUUUAAUACUGAUGAAAGGCAUUUGUAGUUCAUAUAAACCAUAUUUAUGUGAACAAUAGCAGAUGCUUCUUCAUAUAAAUUAUCACUUUGAGAUACAUGUCUUACGGUCUGAGAAAAGAGAAAGAACAAUAUCAGUUUUGCUACAUUUUAAUAGUAGGUUUUUUGAGGGAUAAUUUUUUUGGGUCUUGUCAGCAACAUCAAACGAAAGGUACUGAGUACUCCACAGGGUACAGAGUGCUGCCAAGCACCUGAGGAAAUUUACAUGACCUGGAGAAAAUGUGGUUCUUGCUCCUUGAAGAGCUCACAGUCUGGAGGGCUGACAACUCACAGUCUUAAGAAUUGAGUGAACAACAGUAAUUUAAGGCAACUUCCUUAUCCCCUUGAGUGAUUGUAGAUUGAAUCAUUGUGGAAUUGAUCUAAUCAAGGUGAGAGACAAGACUAAAUUUGGUUGAGAAUACUUUCAGGCUCAUACAGUUUUCAACAUCCUCUUCGUAAACAGAAUUGACCUAAGAGCCAACUGAAAGACUAGAUCUUGUGAAGUACAAGGGCUAGAACAACUUAACUGUGGUUACUAUUUUUAAAAGCAAACAUAUUGAAUGGUAUGAACAGGGUUAUUACACUAGUUUAGAAACAGGCCAGGUACUGGCGCUGCCUUCCUCUCAUGCUAGCACUGGUCAUUUAAAACAGUGAACGUUCAAUUUGUGGGCUCUACAUGAACCCACAGGAAGCCCACCCUGAUCUUAAUGUUCUGUGUAUCAAAUAGCCACCUCAUGUGCAUUAUGCAAGUUUUAUUUAUGUCCCAUUAAGUCAAAAGUAAUGUAAUUAGUCAAAUUAUAAUAAGCUAAUGACUGGCAUAUUCCCAUAUGGAUGAAUGUUGACACAUCUAAAUAGGAAAUAAAUGGCAAUCCUAUCUACCUAUGUAAAAAAAAAAAA